AAAUAAAAUUGACUGUUUUGUAAAAGAACCAAGUUUGAAAAGAAUCCUAGUCGGAAAAGAAUCCUCAUUCGUGACUAAAUCUUGUUUCUCUACCUAUUAUUUCCCCCCUCGCAUGGAGAAAUUCUUGGUAUCUCAACUGAUUCCUCAAAUCUCCAAAAUAAUGUUUUCCUCUUUAUUCUGUCAAAUCUAACCUCCGAUAACCCUUCCAAAAAUCCCAUUCAAAACGAAAAAAACUGAAAAAAAAGAAAACAAGAACCCAUUACAACUGCAUCUUUCUCUUCAAUUUUUCCAGAAACCGUCCAUCCAAACCUUAUUAUGGCUUCCUUCGAAAUAGACACGGAAAGAGGCUCCUCAGCGCUGACAAGAAACCCUACAGCAGACAGAACCCUAAAAGAAGAACCUGCUGUUGAUGAUGAAGAAGAAGUCUCCCCGGUAGAACAAGUCAGACUGACAGUGCCUAACGAAGAUGAUCCGACACUCCCUGUUUGGACAUUUCGUAUGUGGUUUCUGGGGUUGUUUUCCUGCAUGCUUCUCUCCUUUCUCAACACGUUCUUCAGUUACAGGUCGGAGCCACUCAUAAUAACCAUGAUAUCGGUGCAAGUGGCGACGCUGCCCAUCGGCCGUUUCAUGGCCAACGUGCUGCCCACCACCAAGUUCCGGCUGCCCGGAUUCGGGUCGAGGGAGUUUUCGCUCAAUCCUGGGCCGUUUAACAUGAAGGAGCAUGUGUUGAUCUCCAUAUUUGCUAAUGCGGGUUCCGCUUUUGGUGGUGGCUCUGCCUAUGCAGUUGGGAUUGUUGAUAUCAUCAAGGCGUUUUAUAAGAGGAAUAUCUCGUUUUUAGCUAGUUGGAUUCUUGUUAUCACUACUCAGGUUCUGGGAUAUGGAUGGGCUGGAAUUCUGAGGAAGUAUGUUGUGGAGCCUGCAGAAAUGUGGUGGCCAAGUAGUCUUGUCCAAGUUUCACUCUUCAGGGCCCUUCAUGAGAGGGACAGCGGUAAACACUCGAGGGCUAGAUUCUUUCUAAUUGCUCUAGCCUGCAGCUUCUUGUGGUACAUCGUCCCCGGCUACCUCUUCAGCACCUUAUCAAACCUUUCUUUGCUCUGCUUGAUAUUUCCAAAGUCGGUAACAGCCCAACAAAUUGGCUCUGGUAUGCGAGGGCUUGGUAUUGCUUCUCUAACCUUUGACUGGUCCGUUGUGGCAUCGUUUCUCGGAAGCCCUCUCAUUACUCCAUUCUUUGCCAUAGUUAACGUUUUCGUCGGAUACUUUGCUGUUGUGUAUGUCAUGAUUCCGAUCGCAUACUGGGGACUGGACGUCUACCAUGCGAAAACGUUUCCCAUAUUCUCCUCGCAUUUAUUCACCCGUAACGGGCAGAUAUAUAAUGUAUCGGCUAUUGUGAACGACAAGUUUGAGAUCGACUUGCCCGCCUACGAGCAACAGGGGCGCAUAAACUUGAGCAUCUUCUUCGCUCUGUCGUAUGGCCUUAAUUUUGCAGCGGUGAUGGCCACUCUCACUCAUGUGAUUAUGUUUAAUGGAAGGGAAAUUUACCAACGGUAUCGAGCUUCACACAAAGGAAAGCCAGACAUUCACACACGACUGAUGAAGAAGUACAGAGACAUCCCAAGUUGGUGGUUUCAUGCGAUGCUUUUGCUGUCCUUGGUCGUGUCGCUUGGGCUCUGUAUCUUCAUGAAAGACCAAGUUCAACUGCCUUGGUGGGGACUCCUUUUUUCUGCAGGUCUUGCAUUGAUCUUUACGCUCCCCAUAAGCAUAAUAACAGCGACUACGAAUCAGACGCCGGGCCUUAACGUUAUCACAGAAUACAUCAUUGGUAUUAUAUAUCCGGGAAGACCGAUUGCCAACGUCUGCUUCAAAACCUAUGGCUACAUCAGCAUGAGCCAAGCAGUCUCCUUUCUCAAUGAUUUUAAGCUAGGCCAUUAUAUGAAAGUUCCGCCAAGAUCAAUGUUCAUAGUUCAGCUGGUGGGCACCAUCGUCGCGGGGACGAUCAACAUUGGCAUUGCAUGGUAUCUACUAACGACCGUCAACAACAUAUGCCAGGACGAGUUACUUCCUCCUAACAGUCCGUGGAUGUGCCCGAAUGACCGCGUGUUCUUUGACGCAUCCGUGAUCUGGGGUUUAGUCGGACCAAAGCGAAUCUUUGGAGACCUAGGGAACUACAGUGCACUCAACUGGUGCUUUCUCGGGGGUGCUGUGGCGCCGGUAUUCGUGUGGCUUCUGCACAAGGCGUUCCCCAGCAAGACGUGGAUAAAGCUGAUAAAUUUGCCUGUGCUUCUGGGGGCGACAGCAGCAAUGCCGCCGGCAACAACUCUUAACUUCAACAGCUGGAUACUGGUUGGAACGAUCUUCAACUUGUUUGUUUUCCGGUACCGGAAGAGGUGGUGGCAAAGGUACAAUUACGUGCUCUCGGCAGCAUUGGAUGCAGGGCUGGCUUUUAUGGGGGUGGUUUUGUAUUUCUGCCUGGGUGUUGAGAAUGUGAGCAUUUCGUGGUGGGGUUCUAAUGGAGAGUACUGUGACUUGGCUUCAUGUCCCACUGCUAAAGGUGUAGCUGUUGAUGGUUGUCCUGUGCACUAAUUUACAGUCUUUUUCUUGGGCUAGCUUUGUUCGCCAAUUACUUGAAUUGCAGUGAUGACUUUUGCUUGUUUUAACAAUUGAUGUACAAAUCUUUUCUAUGUUAAACCAACCACAAAAAUAUUU